AUGGGCGACUACAAGACAAAGCUGGUAAUUGCUGCUAUAGAUUUCGGAACAACUUACUCCGGAUAUGCGUAUUCCUUUCGACAUAUCUUAAAAAAGGAUCCAUUAAAGACAUACGAAAACAUUUGGACAGACGAUAAUGGCAAGUUACAGACAUCUAAAGCGCCUACUACUGUCCUUUUUGAACCAAAUGGGGAAUUCCACUCGUUUGGAUAUGAGCGACUGAAACGCAACUUAAAACUGAGAGAUGAUCAGGGGAAAAAGAUUUUGGCUAUAGAUGUUUUCGCUGCAGCAAUCAAGUUCCUUAAAGAACAGCUUUUUGAACAGUUAACGUUAAAGGUGAAAGAUAUGGAAAAAACUGAUAUUUACUGGGUUAUAACUGUUCCAGCAAUUUGGCAAUACAGUGCAAAACAGUUCAUGAAGGAGGCAUCUCUAAAAGCUGGUAUACCAGCUGAUCAGUUUACAUUCGCACUCGAACCAGAAGCAGCGGCGAUUUAUUGCAAGCAGUACGAAGCGUCUAGAUGUGUGGACGAAGAUGGAACAACAACCAUUAAAUCUUUUGCGCCUGGCUCACAGUUCAUGGUUCUGGAUCUUGGAGGAAUGACUUUUCUUCAUUUUUUAAUUAUUAUCUCUGUUCUUUCCGCUGGACAUACUCAUUAG